ACACCCAACAACUGACAAUAUGUGAGAAAAUGUAAAUAAAUGAAAGAGGGUUCAAUUAUUUUUUAAUAUUUAUUGGUGUAGAUAAUUUACUGGAAAAUAGUAUUUUAAUAAGAUCAUAAUUGCAUUCAAAAUGAGUUUUCUUUUUGCACCAAUACCUUCUAAUAACUUUGAAAUGUCGGACAGGGAGCUCUUGUUAUGGCAGCGGAAGGCUAUAUUUGAGUGUGAAUGUGAAAAUUUGACAAAUCAACGUAAACUUAUUUUAUCUGGGGAUCAACGGUUUAUAAUAGAGCAAGCUGCAUUACAAGCAGCAUUACAGGAGCAUGGCUUACAAAUGCGUCAACCAGCAAACCACAAUGCUGGUGCACAGAGUCCACCAACUCAAAGACGUAAUUAUAGGCCAUAUUUUCGCAAUCAACGUCGACGUUUGCAUAGCGAUUACAUAUAAAUGAAUUAAGUAUUUAAUAAUUUGUAAUUUCUUCUUGCAUAUAUGUGGAGUAGAAAAGAAUUGUCUUCUCUUUAAUAUAACAAUGGAGAAAAAUCUUAAUAUUUAUGAUAUAUUUGGCAUUUGGCAUAGUCACCAUGAAAUCAUUAUUUUAGAAAUUAUACAUUUUUAAAUAGUUUUAGUUUUACAAUAAUAAAAAUACAAAAUAAGAUUCUCUCAUGAAAAAAAAAACGUUUAAGAUGUGUAUUGAGUGCCACGUUAUCGUGUGAGGUAUAACGAGACAAUGAGUUUUAUUAUUUGGUAUAAUAAUAUACUAGGCUGAGUUGUUUUUGUUUGGAAGGAUUGGGAACAUAAUAUUUAAAAUAUCCGUAGUGUUAUUACAAACUAUAGACACGAUUUGCAAAUAUUGAAAAUUUAAUUUUUUUACUAGGUAACCAUUUAUACCGAAUUAACAAUUAUUUAAUAAAUAUGGUAUAUCAUUGUUAGUUGCUUUUAUUUUUUUAAUUGUCAUAUUGAAAGUUUUAAAAUAUAUAUCGAGUACAAU